AUGCCUUCUCAUCAAAAACACGUCCUCAUCGCAGGCUGUUCAGCCAACGGCCUUGGCGCCGCUCUCGUGGGCGUCUUCCUCCAGCACGACUACCACGUCUUCGCCACACUCCGCGACACUUCCAAAGCGCCUUCACACUUUUCGACACUCAACAAAAUCACUCUUGUGACCCUCGAUGUUCUCUCCCAAUCCUCAAUUGCUUCAGUCGUUGACGCUGUAACCAAGAAAACAGGUGGUAGACUCGAUGUACUCGUCAACAACAGCGGGAGAUUCGACGUCAUGCCAGGCCUUGAUGCAUCGAUUGAAGAGAGCAAGAUCUGA